GCCCGGGAAGGGUUCACCGAAAGUUCACUCGCAUAUAUUAGGCAAUUCAAUCUUUCAUUCUGUGUGACAGAAGUAGUAGGAAGUGAGCUGUUCAGAGGCAGGAGGGUCUAUUCUUUGCCAAAGGGGGGACCAGAAUUCCCCCAUGCGAGCUGUUUGAGGACCGGGAUGCCGAGGACGCGAGCGAGCCGGGCAAGGUUUGUCUGGGCACCGUCGGGGUAGGAUCCGGACCGCAUUCGGAAGGCUUCCUGCAGGCAUUUGCUCGGAAGGAGAACUUGGGAUCUUUCUGGGAACCCCCGCCCCGGCUGGAUUGGCCGAGCAAGCCUGGAAAAUGACAUUCGGUGCAGGGGAGAUCAUGUUUGACUGUAUGGAUGUCCUGUCAGUGAGUCCUGGGCAAAUCCUGGAUUUCUACACUGCGAGUCCGUCUUCCUGCAUGCUCCAGGAGAAAGCUCUCAAAGCAUGCUUCAGUGGACUGACCCACACCGAAUGGCAGCAUCGGCACACUGCUCAAUCGAUUGAAACACAAAGCACGAGCUCCGAGGAACUCGUCCCGAGCCCUCCGUCUCCGCUUCCUCCCCCGCGAGUGUACAAACCCUGCUUCGUCUGCCAGGACAAGUCAUCCGGGUACCACUAUGGGGUCAGCGCCUGCGAGGGCUGCAAGGGCUUUUUCCGCAGAAGUAUUCAGAAGAACAUGAUUUACACCUGUCACCGAGAUAAGAACUGUGUUAUUAAUAAAGUCACCAGGAAUCGAUGCCAGUACUGUCGACUCCAGAAGUGCUUUGAAGUGGGCAUGUCCAAAGAAUCUGUGAGGAAUGAUAGGAACAAGAAAAAGAAGGAGCCUUCGAAGCAGGAAUGCACGGAAAGCUAUGAAAUGACAGCUGAGCUGGACGAUCUCACAGAGAAGAUCCGGAAAGCUCACCAGGAGACCUUCCCGUCGCUCUGCCAGCUGGGUAAAUACACCACGAAUUCCAGUGCUGACCAUCGAGUCCGACUGGACCUGGGCCUCUGGGACAAAUUUAGUGAACUGGCCACCAAGUGCAUUAUUAAGAUUGUGGAGUUUGCGAAACGUCUGCCAGGCUUCACCGGCUUGACCAUCGCAGACCAGAUCACCCUGUUGAAGGCCGCCUGCCUGGACAUUCUGAUUCUUAGAAUUUGCACCAGGUAUACCCCAGAACAAGACACCAUGACUUUUUCAGAUGGCCUUACCCUAAAUCGAACUCAGAUGCACAAUGCUGGAUUUGGUCCUCUGACUGACCUUGUGUUCACCUUUGCCAACCAGCUCCUGCCUUUGGAAAUGGAUGACACAGAAACAGGCCUUCUCAGUGCCAUCUGCUUAAUCUGUGGAGACCGCCAGGACCUUGAGGAACCAACAAAAGUAGAUAAGCUACAAGAACCACUGCUGGAAGCACUAAAAAUUUAUAUCCGAAAGAGACGGCCCAGCAAGCCUCACAUGUUUCCAAAGAUCUUAAUGAAAAUCACAGAUCUCCGCAGCAUCAGUGCGAAAGGUGCAGAACGUGUAAUUACCUUGAAAAUGGAAAUUCCUGGAUCAAUGCCACCUCUCAUUCAGGAAAUGCUGGAGAAUUCUGAAGGACAUGAACCCUUGACCCCCAGUUCGAGCGGGAACCCCACGGAGCACAGUCCCAGCAUCUCGCCCAGCUCAGUGGAAAACAGCGGCGUCAGUCAGUCCCCACUGGUGCAAUGAGACGCUUUCCAGCUACUUCCGACAUUCCCCAGUACCUUCAGUUCCGGGAUUUAAACCGCAGGAAAGAAACAUUUUUACUGCUGCUUAGUUUUUGGACUGAAAAUAUAUUAAAACUCAAGAAGGACCAAGAAGUUUUCAUAUGUAUCAAUAUUUACUCCUCACUGUCUAACUUACCUAGAAAUACAGACUUUUUAAAUUCUAAACAUCAGCCAUUUCGUGCAACCAGAAACUAGUUAAAAGCUUCUAUUUUCCUUUUGAACACUCAAGAUUGCAUGGCAAAGACCCAGUCGAAAUGAGUUACCCCGGUUAAGUUUCUGAAGACUUUGUACAUACAGGAGUACGGCUCUGUUCUUUCUAUACUGUAUGUUUGGUGCUUUCCUCUUGCCUUGCAUACUCAAAAUAACCAAGACACCCAGGUUGUGAAACAGACUACUUACUGUACGCGUCCAGCUAAGAAAGGCUCAAAAAAAAAAAAUAAUAACUCUUGCUUUCACAGAGUCAUCAGGACAUCAAGGUAAGGAAAGGGGACUGUUGUACAGUAUGACAAGAUAAAGCUAGAGAGAAUUCUAAUUUAGUUAGUACGGAAGCUUGUCCUUGCUCUUUUUGACGCUCUCAAACUGCGUCUUCUAUUUCAUGUUGCCCAGUAAAAAGAUACAACAAAUUCACUGCACUAGCAGCAGAGAAUUCUCUAUCAGUGUAACUGCCAGUUCAGUUAAUCCAAUGUCAUUUGUUCAAUUGUUAGUCACUUUCACAGUGGUUUAUCUUAAUGACAUAACUACACGAUUGUUUUUAAAGAUGUAUUUUUACAGUGAUGGUAGCCUCCAAGGCACAGACACUUUUCAGUGUUAAUAAGAUUUUGUUUACCUACUCACAAGCCAUUAGGGAAAUGUCCUGGGCUAAUCAGCAGGCUGGUCUACCACCACCACCAAGCAACUCCAGGGUCCUUCCUCCUCGAGGCCUGGCAGUCAGGGGUCUCCCCCAACCUCCUCGUUGCCCAGGGGCUAAUAAAUAUGAACUCCCAAAGGCAUGGACAGAGAAUCUGCAUCCUUUGACCUUGUCCAAUCACUAUGAAGCAGAGUGAAAGCUGUGGUAGAGUGGUUAACAGAUACAAGUGUCAGUUUCUUAGUUCUCAUUUAAGCACUAGUGGAAUUUUUUUUUUGAUAUAUUAGCAAGUCUGUGAUGUACUUUCACUGGCUCUGUUUGUACAUUGAGAUUGUUUAACGAUGCUUUCUAUGUUCAUAUACUGUUUACCUUUUUCCAUGGAGUCUCCUGGCAAAGAAUAAAAUAUAUUUAUUUUAAA